AUGGGCAGCGAGGCCGUCCAGGAUGGACGAACAUGGAAGCAGUAUUUCCCCAAAGGCGACCUUUGGGUGUUUGGAUACGGGAGCUUGAUAUGGAAACCACCGCCUCAUUUUGAUAAACGUGUGCCUGGAUAUAUCAAUGGAUACGUUCGGCGAUUCUGGCAGGCCAGUACCGAUCAUCGCGGAACCCCGGAACAGCCGGGACGAGUAGUCACAGUGAUUGAAAGAUCCUUCUGGGACACUCUAGACGAUCCUCAAAAAGAUCUCGAAUCCUCAGCAACAUCCACCCUCUGGGGUGCCGCGUACCACAUCCCCGCUUCCCACGCAGAGGAAGUUCACGAUUAUCUGGACGUGCGAGAAAUCGACGGCUAUUCGGUGCAUUAUACCCCCUUCUACCCUGUCUUGCCCGAUAGCCCGUCCACCCACGUCCACCCAGCCAAGGGCCAGAGUCCAUUGGUCACGGAAUCUCACCCGUCCGGUCGCUCUCUUCCCGAUGCUGCUACGCCGAUCACAUGCAUGGUGUAUAUCGGGCAGCCGACGAACCCGCAAUUCCUGAGAGACCCGGCCGAGCGAGACCCUGCUUCUGUCGCCGAGGUUAUUAGUGUUGGUCAUGGACAGAGUGGGAGGAAUCCAGAGUACUUGUAUCUAUUGGAGAAGGCCCUGGAGACGCUGGGGCUCGGGUGUGCUGAUGGCCAUGUCACCGAAUUGGUGCGUCGGGUUAAAGCUAUCGAGCAGCAGCAUGACCGCAAGCAUGAGGCUGAUAUCGAGGAAUCAAAUGCCGAGCGAGAGAUCCGUGAGGGUGUUGCUUAUGGGGAGGCUUGA